AGGCGGGACUUCCCGUACAGUAGUGCAAGUAGUCCAACAUGGCGGUUAUGUCGCUUGUCUGAGAGUGCAGUUUAAACCGCGGAGAAGUUCCGAUAGUUUAGGUCGAUUUCAGUGGCUGAGAGUGUACUUAGAGAGUUUGACGCCUGGAGACUGCGGAUAUCGGCUUUUGGAAAUGAAGGGAAAAGAGCGGUCGCCGGUGAAGAAACGUCUUCGGGCGCCAGAUGAUAGCAGAGAGCGAGGAGGGAGCCACCCGAGCGGCAAGAAGACAGGAGCCCUGUUGACGGUUGGCAGCAACAACGGCAACGGCUCCGCUCAAAGCGGCGCCUCUUCCAGGAGGAGUUUACACAGCGACAAAAGAGACAUGAGGGACUCAGACGGACAUAAUUCAUCCAGUCGGACUGGUAGCGGCUACGACUACGGAGUUGUUUCGGGGAACAAGCCGCACGUUGGCGCUGACACCGCCGCGGAGACACCCAGGUCCGGUUCACGCAGCGACUCGCGGCCUACGUCAAACGCUGAAAGUGAGUACAAGACUCUCAAAAUAAGUGAACUGGGCUCCCAGCUGAACGACGAGGAAAUAGAGGACGGACUGUUUCACGAGUUCAAGAAGUUUGGCGACGUUAGUGUUAAAAUUAGCCGAGAAAACGACGAGAGGGUGGCGUUUGUGAACUUCAGGAGGCCUGAUGACGCCCGGGCGGCGAAACACGCCCGCGGCAGGCUGGUGCUGUACGACCGGCCUCUGAAAAUAGAGACGGUGUAUAUGAACAGACGUAGAAGCCGCUCCCCUGUUUCAAAAGACAGUUUCCCCUCAGGACACAGGCACCUUCACACUCAGAGAGCUCUGUCCCCAACUGGUUUGGGGUACAGAGACUACCGGUUACAGCAGCUGGCUCUGGGCCGUCUCCCCCCUCCUCCUCCUCCUCCCCCGCCACCUCACAUAAGAGACCUGGAAAGAGAAAGAGACUUUUCUGUUUACGAGGCCAGAAAUAGACCACCGUUCAUCCCUGAAUGUGCUGCUUUCCGCGACGAGGACCUGAUGACCCCUGAAGAUGACCAGAGGGCAAACAGGACUUUAUUUCUGGGCAAUCUGGACGUCAGUGUGACAGAAAGUGACCUGAGGAGGGCGUUUGACAGGUUUGGAGUGAUAACCGAGGUGGACAUUAAGCGGGCGGUGAGAGGUCAGACCAACACCUAUGGAUUCAUCAAGUUUGAGAAUCUUGACAUGGCUCACCGUGCCAAAGUCGCGAUGGCAGGGAAAGUGGUGGGCCACAAUCCGAUCAAAAUCGGCUACGGCAAACCCACACCCACAACCAGGCUGUGGGUGGGAGGGCUCGGACCCUGGGUUCCACUCGCAGCACUGGCCAAGGAGUUUGACCGUUUUGGCACCAUCAGGACUAUAGACUACAGGAAAGGUGAUUUGUGGGCUUAUAUUCAGUAUGAAAGUCUGGACGCUGCUCAGGCUGCAUGUACUCACAUGAGGGGCUUCCCUCUCGGUGGCCCUGACAGGAGACUCAGGGUGGACUUUGCGGACACAGAGCACCGCUACCAGCAGCAACAGUUUGUGCAGCUCCCUCUCCCCCUGCCGCACUAUGACUUAAUCCCUGAGCCCUUUGCCCACCGCCUCACUGACUCUGUGAGAGUGAGAGACAGGUCUCCUCCGCUUCCUGGUCGCUUCAGAGACCGAGAUCUCUACUCCACUGCUGAAUGGUCCGGCCUGGGGGUCCACGACAGGAUGCGAGGAGCAGGUUUUGAUCCCAUAGAUCGUCUGGAGAGGCGUUCACGGGAGACCUGGUCAUUAGAGCAUGAGCGGGAGUUGCAAAGCAGAGACCUAAGCCGCAAAAGGAGACAUUUGGAUGAUGGCUGGCGGCUGGAUCGCUCACCUGAGAGCGGUGACUAUGGUCAACGCCGGCAUGGCAGCUCACUGGAGCGCAGCCCUGGGGGGAGCAGCCGAGAUGGGGGGCGCUACAGUGACCCUGAACGCCUGCCUCGCUCUGGCAGAGCCUCACCUGUCAGAGAGCGGCAGAACAGCCAGGACAUUGGCUUUGGAGACAAGAGAAGGAGAACACUUAGCCCGACUGAACCAGGCUCAUUCUCAGAUAAAGACCGCAAACGCAAAGCCAGUGACUCUUCUAAGAGCCCAGGGAGGAAGGAGGACCGCUCCGAACAUCCCUCAAACUCCUCUUCCUCCAAAUCUAACCAGCAGUCUAAGGUGGCAGUUGGAGGACAGAAGCUGAGUCAUGUCUGGCAGGGUGUCCUCCUGCUGAAAAACAGCAGCUUUCCCACAUCACUGCACCUGCUGGAGGGGGAUGUGUCGGUGGCUACCAGUCUCCUGGUGGACGGCGCCACGGGGGGUCAAGUGUCCCAGCUGAAGAUCAGCCAGCGCCUGCGCCUGGACCAGCCCAAGCUGGAUGAAGUCUCCCGACGCAUCAAGGUUGCCGGCUCCAACGGAUACUCCAUCCUCCUGGCCAUGCCCGGAAAGGAGGGAGGGACCCAGGACACCGACAUCUCCACAGAGAGGCCGCUGAAGAACCUGGUGUCCUACCUGACGCAGAAGGAGGCGGCUGGCAUCAUCAGCCUCCCUGUGGGGGGCAGCCGUGACAAGGACCACGGAGGAGUCCUACACGCUUUCCCCCCUUGUGAGUUCUCAAAGCAGUUCUUGGAUGCCUCUGCCAAAGCCUUUGCCAAAUCAGAGGAUGACUACAUGGUGAUGGUCAUUAUCAGAGGAGCAUCAUGAAAAAGGAAAAAAAAGCAAAUUAGAAAUGUUCUUUUCACCCUUAUGAACUGUUAAACGUUGAGUUGUGUAAACAGGGAGAAGUAAUGGUAACAAAGCAGAAUAAGCGGAAAUGACAGGGCUCUGAUUUUAAGUUCCCUAACCUGCAUGGUAGCCUGUAUCUCAUCCUGUUGAAGGCUUAUCAAAAUGAAAGUCACAUUUAAUUGAAUUGAAUACAUUCUGAUAAAUCAAUGGUAUUGAUUAAAUAACACAGGCAAGAUUUUGCCUUCUGCUAUUUAAUGAUUAAUGUACAUUACUUGAAAGGUACUCAGCUACAGUUCUGUGAAUCAUUACUAUAUUUUGCCUUAUCUCAUUUAAAACCAAAACACAUUUCCUUUAUAUCAUUUCAUGCAUCGCCUGACUGUAACAGAAAACAUGUAAGAUCCAAAACAGCAUUUAGCUUUCAUUUUAUCCGUACUCAGCUUAGAGUUAAUGUGGCAAUCUCAAUAGGUUUGUAGUACUACAAUGUUUGUGCAGCUGGGCUACAGAAUAGUUUAAUCAAACCAAUGUACAUAGAAAAAUUCUCUUGAUUAAUGAAAUAUAUCUAUCUGCGCUAAAGCUUUACUCACUGCUCAUGAAUAGGCAGCUUCCAGAUGUGCGCUUGUAUUUCUUUUUGCUGACCAAGUAAAAAUCUAAUGUCCUGACUUCCUAAUUCACAGUUUCAUUAUGAGAGCUUUGUUAUUUUUUGUCAGGUUUGGCCAGUUCUGCUUAAAGCUACAGAAAAGUGUGGGGAAAAAAUAUCUUUGUACCUAUAAUUCAACAACAACAUGGCUGUAUUAGUCGUCCUGGUGUCUGGCCUCCACAGACUAAAUUGUUUUUAAAUACCUUAAUCAACAUAAGAACGUUAAAGGUUAUAGUGUAAUAAAUUACAGUUAUAUCAGUGCCACAUCUGGAGGUUAUGUGACUUUACAAGGUGAAAUGAAUGCAGUUUUUCACAUAGCACCUGUGUGUAGGGGGUGGACACAAGCAGCAAGAGCCUGUACAUUAUACUGCAGUUCAAUACAGUCGUUUUACUAAGAAUACUACCUUUGUAAAGCUCCAGUUUCGUUAAAAUGGCAGAGAGAGGCUAAGAGGCGUGUUAUAUUGAAUUGCAUUAUAUUGUAAGAUAUUAUUUAGGAUUUCAGCAGUUAUUUUCAACUUGUUAAACCAGUUAUUUUCUAAUUGUUUGAUCUUAAAAAUCAGUGACAUCUUCAAAUAAUUUGCUCGUACCAACAGUGUAAAUUCUUUGUUAUAAUGUAAGCAGAAGAAAAGCAGCACAUAUUCACAUUAGAGAAACUUGAACAAUCAAAAUGUUUUGACACAGAGAAUUAAUCAGUUAUCAAAAAUACAGAUGAAUUUUCCCUCAGUCAGCUGAUGAAUCUGCUAAUACUAAUAUUAAUCUUGUGUCCUCCCCCUUUUAUUGUUGUUUUAUUAGCAUCACAUUCAAUUUGGUUCAACAGUUAUUGGUUGACUAAGUCCUUCACUUCGGUUUUCUUCUGUUAUAAUCCACUAAGUACUACCCCAACAAAGCAUGUACUGUGAAAAAAAAAGAUAAUGUAACCUAUAAAUUAAGAGCUAUAUGUAUGCCAUGCACAUUUCUAACAGCUGAUCAGGAGUCAAGUAGAAAAUACGGCUAUACUAUCAGUGGACUUGUGUGAUACACAUCUCUGAAUGCAUCAGAGGAGGGGAGGCCGCUCUGCUGUGGCCUCUCAUGCCUUCCUCUGAAAGGACUGUUAAUGAUUUGUUUUUUUUAAUGCUUUGAUUUGAGUACUGUGUUUCAAAUGGAAAAAUGGAGAUGAUUUGUGCUGUAUACUCAGGAUAUCUGGAGAGAGAAAUGGAGAACAUCAAUGCUCAUGGGCCUAAGAAGUAUACCUAACUGUCAGAAAAAAAACAAAGUGCAACAUGCACUUCAUAGAUUUUGUCUCAAUAAAUUUACUCUUUCGUGGGAAACACAAGUGCCUUGGAA